GUGGGGAAAGGCUCGGCAUGUGAGAUUGAAAGCCGAGAUUUUCGGCACAAUACGGCAAACAUUUUAAUUCAAAAGCAUCCGCGUAGUGGCGCAUAGUGCUUUGUCGUGAUUCUCGGCAUAUUUUCGGCAUUGUAGUGUUUUGACAUGCUCGGUGAAAAUAAUGGUGUGGGUUCACGAAAAACCCAUUUUCAGUGAUUUUCAUCAAUUUUCCGGCAGUCUAUUCGGUAAGAAAUUAAUCCUAAAGUGAAUAGUGCUAUGAAGAAAAUGGAAGAUUUUGUCUAAAGAGCCUAAAAAUGUGUAUUUUCUUUGUUUUCUUUAGCGUUGCUGUGUUGAAAGAUUUUGUUUGGACUUCUGAAGGACACCGUACACAUCCGGAGCUAAAAUUUCAUCUGGUGAGACUUGACCAGGCCCUCACUGUGUACAUCCUCUAAGGCUGUAUGAAGGAUAAUUUCUGGAGAGUAUGUGAGAUAAAUUCAUAAUUUUAUUUUCAUUCAAAAUGUGUUUGGGUCUAAAAUAUGCCGGAUUUUCAUCUUUAUUUAGACGCACCGGAAGAUUGACCUUUUUACAACAAGUGAAAACCUCUUGGUCAUCAGAAGCAUCCCAUGGCUUAGGAGAAAGGACCUUCUAUGGAUUUGGAUGCGUACAAAUUGAUCAGGAAACGACCACAAAGGAUGCCCCAAAGGAAGGAAACUUCGAAGCAGGAUGUCAUCAUGUGACCGCCUUGAAGGAUCCCGCAAUGUUCCUCCCUCCAAGUAUGUCUACAAAUAGAAUUCUAACGAGGGAAUUGGUUGCUGAGACCAGCAAAGGAAAAUGGACAACUGACAGCGAUGGAAUGGUGAGAAAAUUAAAAAAAAAAUGUAUUUAAAUAAAAUUUUAAAAUAAAAAUGUAAAAAAAAACUAAUUUUCUGGUAUUUUAUUUUUCGUUUUAUAACGGUCGGAAUAUAAAUUUAAAUAGUUGCCGAGAACAUGCCGUAAUUCUCGUAUAUUGGACGUGCGAGAUUGAUGCCGAGAAUACAUCGGGCGUAUGCCGAGACCAAUGCCGAGAUUUCAUAUAAAAAUUUGUCCCACGCAUAUUCCAUUCAAUUAUUGAAACUCGGCAAGAUCUCGGCAUUGGUGGAUUUGCCGAGAUGCCAAGAUUUACGUGCCGAAAUCUUGCCGAGAAUCCCCACUGGGUUGCUAUGAA